ACCUAGAUGAAGAGGUCCGAGAAACCCGAGGCCACCAACAAGGGGAAUAUUGCUUUACAAGAUGACUAGAUCUAUGGGAAGAAGAUUGCCCAUAGUUGUUGCCAAGGGGAAGAGAAGGCCAGAUGAACCUGUGCAAGCUGCCAAGUUCGCAUCAGAGGCUGGUGUUAUCAUUAGGGCUGAAGUUCCUGUCCUCACUCAUUGGAAAGAUUACAAGAAAGAGAACGACCAUUUUGAUAACUUCCUAGGCAAAUUAGCAGGAUGGUUGGCCAUUAACACGAAUGACAAGCCAACAAAGGAUGCAUGCGCCGAUGUAUUGCAGUCUGGGAUACAACAGACGUGGUAUAUGUUGAAGCAGGCCUACUUUAAUGGUGUUCCUGCUAAUGAGAUCAGAACUACCUCUCCUGUCCAUAGCAUGACUGAUGAACAGUGGAGAGAACUUGUUGCAAAGUGGUCAAAUCCAAAGAGCAUGGAAAUCUCUGAACAGAACAAGCGAAACUGCCUUAAAGUCAAGUAUCAUCAGGCUAUGGGAUCUCGCAGCUAUGUUGCGCACUUGCACGCAUAUAGGGAGAAGAACAAGGAUGCAGAGCUUCAUGCGAUGGAUGUCUUCAAGGACUGCCAUACUAGCAAGACAAAGGGUCUGAGUGACGCUGCAAAAGAUGCAAUUUCUACUAUGCAAACUAUGAUGGCAGAACCUGUUGCUGAUGGUGAGGCACCAAGAUCUAGUGCAGAGGUCAUUUCCAAGGUUCUCACCCAGGACAGCUUCAACAGCUCAUUUUUGAAGAAUGCUGGGCUACAGACGAGCUCCACGAAAUUAGUGACAUCGACUGAAAGAGCACUUCGGGAAGAACUUGCAGUCGAAAAGCAAAGUUCAGUUGUUCUCCAUGAAGAAGUCGACACACUAAAGAAGAAAGCUCAACUUGCAGAUGAAGCGCUGGCGAAGACCCAAAGGGAGUUCACGGAAUUCAGGCAACAGUAGUAAGAGAAUAAUCUGCUCCUUCGGCGUAUCUUGAACUUGUCCCAGGUUAAGUCCAAUCUAUCCCAGUCUACUUUAUGAGCUAAUGCACGGCGAUGAACUCGAUGAACUUAUGUCGGUCCUACUUGUGCUGUACUCCUGCGGUUGUGUGGAUUACUUGGUCUGUGAACUUGUCGUCCUGUGGUGGACUGUGUUGGUUCUGUGAACCUGUGGUACUAUAAUGAUGUGUGGU